AUGGAUUCUACUCCAAUGCUCCAGUUCACACCGUUGUUGAUGCUAUUACUUUUAAUUCAACUUUCACCAAUAGCUGGAAGUCCCUCUCCAUAUCCACAUCCGACACUUGCUCCCCAGAAGCCUGUCUGUGGUUCUUAUGGACAGAGCCCGUGUGCGUUUGUUCCCGCCCCACCCGGCAUGACUCCGAGAUGCGCUUCACCGGGCUCGACGUUUUGUGAAUCCAACCCUGAUUAUCCUGCGUAUCUUAUUAAGCAUCUGGUGGAAACGCUAGGCUACCAGCGCAUCAUCGCCAACGAGGAGAUGGUUGAUUUCGGUGCCACCAAGCCGCUGGAAGAGGAGGAACAUCUUCAUCAUCAUUACCAUCACUUUUAUGGCUCGUUUAGUCCGAUGGAUUCGUCGAAAGCAUCCAGUAAGCCUUCCCCGGCUGGCUAUAAUUAUCUCACACCAGCACAGCAAUCGCUCGGUACGGUCAACUACUCGGAAAAGCGCCCCGCACCGGUUCCACAGCCGAUCUACAUUCCAAAGCCCCAACACUCUUACCAGUACAACUCGUACGUUCGAGCUCCAAUGUACAACCGGCAUGGAGGUGGAGGUGGUACUUCCGGUCCUGGGUCCGGCCAGGGAUACUUUUAUCUACCACCGGGUUCCGGAUCCGGGUCCACCUCCUCCGUCACGCAAUACAGUCCGGCCGAUUGGUUGAAACGCUUUGCCCGGGACUUGUCGGAUACGCAUACCCGGAAGGCACGUUUGGCAUCGUUACGACGCGUCGACGAAUCAAUCGAUCUGUUCGACACAGAACCGGCCCCAUUUCGCCGUCCCAUGGUGCUCAAUGAAACGGUUUAUGAGCGGCUGUUGGCGAAAGCUAAUCGUCCUAAGCGUGAAACCGAACCGGGAAGAGAAACGCUGUGUAGCGUGCGCGAAAGAUACAUUACACCGCAGACGGCACUGAACACGAAAGGUAAUUGGAUGUUUGUGGUAAAUCAGGAGAAUUCAAGGCAGCUCGUCAGGACCGAAGUUUGUGCGUCAGCGGAAUGCUCCAACCUGUGCAGCUUUCCCGUAGGGUAUAGUUCCCGGUGCGAGCAGCGAUACGUCCAGAAGCGGCUGGUGACGUUGGAUCCGACCGGAAGGACACUGUACGUGGACACCUACUGGUUCCCGAGCUGCUGUGUGUGCUCGUUGUAUUCGGGCAAUCGCAUUUAG